AUGUCUGCAACUUUGAUAUUUCUUCUUCCAUUUACUAUAUUCUCUAUUUUUGCAGCCGCUCAACCACGAACUUCCAACAUUAGCUUAGGUUCUUCUCUCUAUCCCAAUAACUCACAAUGGUUAUCGAAUUCGGGCCAGUUUGCCUUCGGCUUCUACAGAGAAGGCAAUGACUUGGCCAUAGGCAUAUGGUUUGAGAAAAUCCAACCACGAACAAUCAUAUGGACAGCAAACCGGGAUGUUAAGCUGCCACGCUCCAAUGAUGUUCAAUUGCUUUUGAGUGAUGAAGGAAUUAAGGUCAUCUUACAAGAUAAGCAAGGGUUAUCACCACCUAUUUCAAAUAUUACUGAGCCUGUUGCAUGGGCUUCCAUGCUUGAUUCUGGUAACUUUGUCCUCUACAACUCAAAUGCAAAGAUCAUUUGGCAGAGUUUUGAUGCUCCAACGGAUACCAUCUUAUCUGGUCAGUGUCUGUUGGCUGGGAGGAAUCUUGUCUCUAGCAUCUCUGCCACGAAUCACGCCACCGGAAGGUUUCAACUUUCCAUGCAGCAUGAUGGGAACCUGCUGCAGUACCCAGUGAAUCCAAUUUCAACAACACCUCAGUAUGCUUACUGGAAUACUGAGACAUAUACAGCUGGAGACAAUGUGUCUCUGAACCUUGAUCACAAUGGACAGCUAUAUCUUCUCAAUUCCACUGGUUUCUAUAUAAAGAAUAUUACUAAUCAGACACAACUGUCUGACAACCGUGUAUACCGUCUAACGAUUGACUUUGAUGGAAUACUUCGGUUGUUUUCCCAUAGUUUGACUCCGAAUGAUUCAUGGUCAAUUGAGUAUUCAUCACCUUCUGAUAAGUGUGCUCCUCUGGGCCUCUGUGGCUUAAAUGCAUAUUGUGUUCCCAUAGAGGAGGAUCCCCCUUGUUUAUGUCUUCCCGGUUUUGUUUUCAUUGAUCAAGACCAAAAAGAUUUAGGUUGCAGGAGGAACUUCAGUACCGUUGAUUGCGCGAACAAGAUUGAAACUAGAUAUUCCAUGACUGAUCUUGAUGGCCUUGAAUGGGAAGACAACCCAUAUUCCGUUCUCACAUUGAAUGAGACUGCUUGUAAAGAGGAUUGCUUGAGAGAUUGUGACUGUGAAGUUGCAGUACAUAAGGACAAUAAGUGCAGAAAACAGAGGUUUCCGCUAAGAUAUGGAAGAACUGAUGAAACUGCUUCAACCCUAGUCAAAAUUGGCAUUGAGAGUUCAGGGACAAAAACUGUGAGCAAGGGAAGAAACAAACAACUUCAAACAGACAUCUUUAUUAGCGGUGUUGCAAUGUUAACUUUUGCACUUAUUAUUCUAGCAAUUACUGGUGUUGUUAUUUACAGAUAUCGUGUUUGGGGGUACAAAAAGGUUCAUUCUGCAAAUGGCGGGUUCGUUGAAGAUGUCACUCUUCGAUCGUAUACAUAUGUUGAGCUCGAAAAGGCAACCAAAGGUUUCACUGAUGAAGUGGGCAAAGGAGCUUUUGGGACAGUUUAUAAAGGGGUCAUGUCAAAUGGCGGGAGAGUAGUGGCGAUCAAGAAACUAGAGAAAGUGGUGGGUGAAGGAGAGCGAGAAUUUCAAAAUGAGGUGAAUGCAAUUGGGAGGACCCAUCACAAAAAUCUGGUUAAAUUGCUUGGCUACUGUCAUGAUGAAUCGAACAGGAUUUUAGUUUAUGAGUACAUGACCAAUGGCUCACUUGCAGAUUUCCUUUUCAGAUCUGAUGGAAGGCCAGCUUGGGAGGAAAGAAUUGGUAUAGUUCUCAAUGUAGCUCAAGGCAUACUUUAUCUACAUGAAGAGUGUGAGACACAGAUCAUCCACUGUGACAUCAAACCUGAAAAUAUACUAAUGAGUGAGCGAAAAUGCGCAAAACUUUCAGAUUUUGGAUUGGCCAAGCUGCUCAAAUCUGAGCAAACCGGGACACAUACUGGGUUCAGAGGAACCAGGGGGUAUGUUGCACCGGAGUGGCUAAGGAACAUGCCGAUAACAGUGAAAGCAGAUGUAUAUAGCUUUGGGGUUGUGUUGUUGGAGAUCAUAUGUUGUAGAAGAAGUGUGUAUAUGGACAUUCCUGAGGAUGAAGUAGUUCUUGAGAACUGGGUGUACCAUUGUUUGGAGGCCGACGAAUUACAUAAGCUAGUGCAGGAUGAAGAAGUGGACAAGGCUAAAAUUGGGAGGAUGAUCAAGAUAGGACUUUGGUGCAUCCAAUAUGAGCCAUCAUUGCGCCCGUCGAUGAAGAAGGUGGUACUGAUGCUGGAAGGGACAGUAGAAAUACCAGCUCCUCCAAAUCCUGACUCGCAGUCACAGCACCCGGAGUUUUUGACGCCAACUGAGUGGUUAACUGAUUAG